AUGGGUGUGUUUAUUCCGGGCGACAAGCUCUCUCAUUUGAAGGAGUACAAAUACAAGAGUGAUGAUCGAUCUCUGUUGACCAAGUUCAUUUUGAAGAAGUUUUGGGUGAAAUUUGAGUGCAUUUUCCCUCUGUGGAUGGCUCCUAACAUGGUGACACUUUCUGGGCUGUUUUUCAUCAUUGGUGCGGUAUUACUGGUGUUCUACUACGAUCCGCAUCUGAAUCAACCUUCUCCUUGGUGGACUUAUUUGGUAUACGCUGCGGCGAUGUUUUUCUACCAAACUUUCGAUGCUUGUGAUGGAAUUCACGCGCGUAAGACAGGCCAGAGUGGUCCGUUGGGCGAGUUGUUCGAUCAUUGUAUCGAUGCUAUCAACACCACACUCUCUGUGAUUGUGUUCGGCUCAGUCUACCAACUGGGCUGGGGCUGGAAACUGUGGUUGGCUCAAUUUGCAACGCUCUGUAACUUCUACCUGUCUACAUGGGAGGAGUUUCAUACCCACCAAUUAUAUCUCUCAUAUUUUAGUGGGCCUGUGGAGGGUAUCUGGUUGCUGAUCUUCUUCUAUUGUCUAACGGCCUACCUGGGAGCAGAGACCUGGUCCUCGGAAGCGUUUGUCUUGGACCUGAGUGCAAUUGACUUGUCCAGUGAAUUCCCCGUUUCUAUGACGGAUACUUCGUUUGCUGGUGGAGCCGUCAUGUUGAUCUACAACAUUUAUUCUGCAUGGAGCAACGCCAUGGACUACCACAAGACCCAGGCUGGGAAGUUUGAGGCCUCCAAGGGUCUUUUGCCUUUCUUCGUUUUCUAUGCUUCCAAUUUCGCUCUUCUUUUGCUCGAGCCUACCAUCAUCCAGAAGAUGGGAUUUGCUGUGGUCAUCACUAUCGGAUCAACAAUUGCAUUUGCCGUGGGUAGAAUUAUCAUUGCUCACUUGACCAAGCAAAGCUUCCCAUUAAUCAACGCCCCGAUGUUCAUUCCUCUGAUCCAAUAUGGCUUGAUCAAUGUCCUGACCAAGGUCUACGGAUUGAGCUUUGACCUGGUGAUUGGCCCUAUCGUUUGGUGUGGUCUUGGUCUGGCUCUUGGUCUUCAUGCAUGGUUCGUGGUGGAUAUUGUGUACGACAUCACCUCUUAUCUGGACAUCUGGGCCCUGACAAUCAAGCACAAAAAGGUCGAGUGA